AUGAACUUACUCGUUGCGCUGCUGAUGCAGUGCAUCGCCAGACGGACGCGCAUUCAAGCUGCUGGUCCACGGAACGAACAGAAGCCGGAGGAAAGAUUUUCAGCGGUGGCAGCAUUCCUCCGGGACUUCGCCGGUAUUCAGUCCGUGUACAACAUAGCCAAAGGCUGGCUGACACACGAUGCAUACAGGUGUGUGUCGACCAGCCUUUGCCUGCUUACAAUCGCUCACUGGUUUCUCAGGGAGUGGACGUAUGCACAGCUCCUAUCCUCUUUGACGGCCGAUCUGACCAAUGCUAUCGUUGCUGUACGGAGCACGAGAGAUCUUUCCUUGGUUUACAGCCGCCUCUUCUCCAUGCUGGCCUGGCAAAUCGCCACAGCGCCCCUGUUUCUCAUCUUGGAUCCGAUGAUCCAAGCGUGGUUUGCAUCGUCGCUUCAGAGCUACAUCACCAACUCGAUGCUCCAGUCCUACGUCUCAGGCGGAGGUCAGGCAUACUACAAGCUGAAGAUGGAUGACGAGAAGCGGGAUCUCGACAACCCGGAUCAGCGCAUCAGCGAGUCUGCAGAGCAGUUUGCUUUCCUCAUGUACGUGCUCUUCUCCGGAUUCCUCUCUGCCGUGUUCGGAAUGCUGGCAUGGGCUGGAGUCAUGAUCCAGCUGGGCGGCUAUGCCCUCCUGGCGACCUGUAUGGGGAUGGCAUGUUUACGGCUGAUGCUCUCCAUCAGUCUGUUCGGGAAUGCCUUGGUGGAUGCCUUCAAGGAUCAGCUUGAGACAGGUGCCACCUUUCGCUAUUCUCUGGCCCGGCUGCGCCUGCUUCCCAGCACAGCUUCAAAGAACAGCACCAUUUCAACUCCCACAUCGAUGCGGGAGCCCGAGUGUGUGCUAGCUUUGCAUGGAGAGGCAACAGAGUCUUGGUUCGAGCCGCUGCUUCUGACCGCGGUCUGCAGGCAUUCAGAUACAAUGCUGCCUGGCUUUAACGAGUUGCGCCUGCUUCAGCAACGGGUCCUGGGAGCCGGGAGAGGAAAGGCGUUCAUCAGCAUGCUGUUUUCGACGACGCUGGGUAUCGUUGACUUCUUUCCCGUCGUCAUCCUUUGGCUGUACCAGGUUCCGCAGAUCGAAGCAGGAGCCCUGAACUUUGGCGACGCCCUGCGGUGCCAGACUGGAUACAUGCAGGUGGCCAAGGUGAUGGACUUCUUGGCAAACUCCUACGCCAAGCUGAAGCAGCUGCAGGCGAAUGGGGAGCGGCUGUGGCAGCUCUGGGAAGCCGCUGAUGAGGUCAACGAGGAGCCGCCCGCAGACUCGGUAAUCGACUUCGCUGCCUGCGACACAGACGUGGCUUUUGCCUUUACCUCACUCUUCGUCUUCACACCUGGUGGCACCACAGCUGUCGGUGGAGUCAGCCUUGCAUGCGAAGCUGGGAAAGGCCUGCUGAUCACCGGAGGAUCAGGCAUCGGGAAGUCAUCCAUCCUCCGAGCUUUGGUUGGUCUCUGGUCCGCAGGGGAGGGAGUCGUCGAGAAAUCUCCUGGGGCUGAAGUGAUCUUCCUGCCCCAGAAUUCCUAUUUCCCUGUCGGGACCCUGCUGGAGGCUGGUUGA